AUGCCGAAAGCACUCAGAUCGAAUAUGCGACAGGAGAGACGACAUAAUCCUCUGAGUGAGGAAUACUCGCCUACAGAGCCUUUGAAAUCGAAAGCGAGCAAAAAGCGCAAGUCGACCCACGAAGAAGAUGGCCAAGAGAGUUUUGUGGACAGCAAGGCGUCGCGACGAAUCUUGGAUCUCGGACAAGAUCUAGCCGCGGAAGCUGAAGCAGAGAAUAUUCGCGCGGCUCCAAACGACGCACAUAAUGCUUUUACAUUCGAGAAUCGAUUUCCUGUGGACGAGGAUGAAGCCGAAGAGCCUGGGGAAUACGACAACGAGGAGGCAUGGGGUUCGGACGAAGAGGAGGUAGAGGAGAUCGAAAUAGACCCAAAUGAUCUGGAUAUGUUCAAUCGGUUCAAUCCCUCAUUCGACCCGGCAACCCUGCUACAACCCAACAGCAAUGACGAACAAGCAGAAGCACAAGGACCUGGCACCAACCUCGCGGAUUUGAUAUUGGAGAAGAUCGCGGCGCAUGAAGCACAAGAGCAGGGACAAUCAGAUGGUCUACCGCAAAUACAAGGCGGAGGUGACCCAGAGGACGCAGUGGAGCUGCCUGCGAAGGUUGUCGAGGUGUACACACAGGUCGGCCUGCUGCUUUCGAGAUACAAGAGUGGAAAGCUGCCGAAGCCCUUCAAGAUCCUGCCCACGCUUCCACAAUGGGAUAUUCUCAUCGACAUCACACGGCCUGACAGCUGGACACCCAACGCGAUCUACGAGGCCACCAAAAUCUUUACAAGUUCUCGGCCAGCCGUUGCACAAGCGUUCUGUUCGGACGUUCUCCUGCCGCGCGUACGAGAAGACAUUCGCGAGACGCGAAAACUGAACGUCCAUCUCUUCAAGUCUCUCAAGAAAGCUCUCUACAAGCCGGCUGCUUUUUUCCGUGGACUGCUCUUCCCGCUCGUUGGUUCAGGAACGUGUACUCUCCGGGAGGCGACGAUCAUCAGCUCAGUCCUCGCCCGCGUUUCCAUUCCCGUCCUGCACUCUGCAACAGCUCUUUAUCGGCUAUGCGAGAUUGCUGCUGAUCAGAUGAUGUCCGAUGUGGAGUCUGCAGGCGCAUGCAACAUUUUCAUCCGCACGUUGCUCGAAAAGAAGUACGCCCUCCCAUACCGAGUCGUCGACGCUCUAGUCUUCCACUUCCUACGGUUUCGUGCAAUGCAGGAUGGUGAUGAUGUCAACAUGUCCGGUGCGAGUUCGAAGAAAGGUGGCGAUCUGAAGUUGCCUGUUCUCUGGCACCAGAGCCUGCUAGCCUUCGCACAACGCUACAAGAACGAGAUUACAGAAGACCAACGUGAGGCAUUGCUCGACUUGUUGCUAGUACGUGGGCACAAGCAAAUAGGGCCCGAAGUGAGAAGAGAAUUGCUAGAAGGUCGAGGACGAGGUGUAGUGGCUGAGGCCAGCACGGGUGAUGGAGGCGACGAUACCAUGAUGGACGUGUAG